AUGUUCCUCAAGUCACGCACGUACUUACCUGUAUUACUCAGCGGGGGUGGUAUAGGCGGCCUCGUAUGUGCCAUCGCCCUCUCCAAGUACCCCAACAUCGACGUGGAAGUAUAUGAGAAGAACUCCUCUUUCGAAGAAAUCGGCGCUGGCAUAUCCUUAUGGCCCAGGGCAUGGAAGAUUUUGAGAAGGAUGGGGCUUGAGAAGGACCUACUAGAGCAGACGCAUAAUCAGCCUGAAGAAGAAAUAGCUAUAGCCAUAAGAUUGAUGGCCAACGACGAAACGCACCUCCACACAUAUGACGUUAAAGGGAAAGGUAGGGCGGUAUUUUCCAGCUUUCAUCGCGCCGACUUCCAGCGAGUUCUUUUAAAGCACCUUCCCGCCGCAUGCAAGGUCACCUUCUCCAAACGCCUGGAGUCGUUCGCCCACACUGCCGAUAGCCAUAUCGAACUUCGAUUUCGUGAUGGUGGUUCUUCCGCAUGUGACAUUCUUGUCGGCGCGGAUGGGAUACGGUCUUCUGUCCGACGAUGUAUGCUCGCGGAGCAGGCGAUAGAAGCUAGCCGAACGUACACGGGUCGGGUGCCUUGUCCCCACGCAGAGUCCCUCCUCUCGGGCGUCGAACCACAGCGGACGGGAAUAAUUCUGUACAGGGCUGUCUUCCCAGCAUGGAAGCUACGGACCAAGUGGCCUGGCCAUGCUGUCUUCAAGCACACCAUUCAGUAUCAGGGGAAAGUUGCGCAUCUCAUCGCCUAUGCGAUCAGCCGAGGGGAGUUGAUCAACAUCGGUAUUGUUGACUUUCAGCCAGACCCGUCGACACCUCAGGACGUGGUAGAACGCCUGAAGGUCCUAUGCGAAGGGUGGGACCCGGAGAUCAUGGCGAUAGUUGAGUGUAUAGAAGAGAUAAAGCCAUGGGCAGUCUGCGUUGUCCCGCCUUUGGAGUCGUUCGUGCACAAGCGCGCGGUACUUCUAGGUGAUUCGGCCCACGCUAUGAUACCCUUCCUAGGGUCUGGUGCUGGCCAAGCCAUCGAGGAUGCAGACAUACUUGCUACCUUGCUCGGACAUGCCGCCUCCUCCGGAUGUGCCGCCGAAGAAGUACUUGAAGUAUAUGAUUCCAUCCGCCGCCCAUUCGCACAGGGAGUUGCUCUAAAGUCGGAACACCAAGGCCACCUUUACUCUGAAAUACACCAGCCUGAAAGCCACGAACGGUUUCAAGAUCAUUUCAUUGGCGUAGGACAGCGAAUGACAGCGAAUUUGGAAUGGACAUGGGCAACUACGAUAGAUGGAAUGCGAGAGGAAGCGCUGCAAAUGCUGGAAGAAAGUACAAGGGCAUAG